GUGUUGCGAGUGCAGCGCUUCACUGUCCCACUGGUAUUAUGAGAAAGAUGGACGGCUUUAUUGCAAGAGGGAUUACUGGGCCAAGUUUGGGGAGCUGUGCCACGGCUGCAACGACCCGAUCACCACCGGUCUCAUCAUGGUUGCAGGAGAACAGAAGUAUCACCCAGAAUGCUUCAGCUGUCUGAACUGCAGAGCGUUUAUUGGUGAUGGAGACACGUAUGCUUUGGUGGAAAGAUCCAAACUUUACUGCGGUCACUGUUACUACCAGACCAUCGUGACCCCCGUGUCUCUGCCAGACUCGCCACGCUCUCGCAUCCCGCACACCGUCACGCUCGUCUCCAUUCCAGCCUCCAGCGAGGGGAACAACGGAUGCAGAGGGCGGGGCUUUUCAGUUGCUAUUGACCAGCCGCUCAGCCCUGCAAAGGGCUUCAGCCCAGAGCAUGGACCCACCGUCAGAGUGUCACAGGUGGAUCCUGACUGCAUCAGUCCAGAUGUGAAGAACUCCAUUCAUGUUGGGGACAAGAUCCUAGAAAUCAAUGGAACGCCCAUUCACAAUGUUCCUUUGGAUGAGAUCGACCUGCUCAUCCAGGAGACCAGCCGGCUGCUGCAGCUCACUAUUGAACGCGACCCUCAUGGUCAGGGGGGGGCCUCCUCGGAGGACCAGGUGGAUGGCUGCCUGUUCACCCCGGUGUCGGACGGCCCCAGCCCAACCCUUCCAAUCACCCAGCCCCCCAACCCUGACAUCAGCAACCUGAAGUCACGCAUUAUCACGCGGAGCUGCAGUAUUGAUAAGUCACCUGGCUCCAGCAACGCAGCGUCGCCAGUCUCACACAGGAAGGAUAUUAAUCGGUCCGAGUCGCUUAGGGUCGUCUCCAAUCGAACUCACCGCAUCUUCCGCCCGUCCGACCUCAUCCACGGAGAAGUCCUCGGAAAAGGCUGCUUUGGACAGGCCAUAAAGGUGACCCACAAAGAAACGGGGGAGGUGAUGGUGAUGAAAGAGCUGAUUCGCUUUGAUGACGAGACGCAGAGAACCUUCCUGAAAGAGGUGAAGGUAAUGCGCUGUCUGGAACACCCUAAUGUGCUGAAGUUCAUUGGAGUCCUCUACAAAGAUAAGAGGCUCAACUUCAUUGCCGAGUACAUAAAGGGAGGAACCUUGAGGGAAAUUAUAAAGAAGAUGGACAGUAACUUUCCUUGGAACCAGCGGGUCAGUUUCGGGAAGGACAUUGCUGCUGGAAUGGCAUAUCUGCAUUCAAUGAACAUAAUCCACCGGGACCUAAACUCGCACAACUGCCUAGUCCGAGAGGAUCACACUGUGGUGGUGGCAGACUUUGGCCUUGCUCGGCUCAUGGUGGACGAUAUCUGUGAAAAUAAGCUGACGCAGGGAAAACUCUCGGGCUUGAAGAAGCCUGACCGCAGGAAGAGGUACACGGUGGUGGGGAACCCCUACUGGAUGGCUCCUGAGAUGAUCCACGGAAAAAGCUAUGAUGAGAGAGUGGACAUAUUUUCCUUUGGUAUUAUGCUCUGCGAGAUCAUUGGCCGUGUGAACGCAGAUCCAGAUUACCUCCCCAGGGCGACGGACUUUGGACUGAACAUUUCUGGCUUCUUGGAGCACUACUAUCCCCCCAACUGUCCUCCUGCCUUCUUUCCUAUUGCUGCUCUAUGCUGUGACCUCGAUGCAGACAAAAGACCUGCAUUCUCUAAACUGGAGGAGUGGCUAGAGAACCUAAAGAUGCACUUGGACAUUGGUCUUCCACUGAUGUCUGAACUGGACCAAUUGCAAAAGGCCUUUUGGAGCCAGCACACCAUCCCACGUCCUGAGAACGGCCUGCACACCCAUCCUGAGCAACCGGAGUAGAGCGCCGCCAGAGCCGUGGUGAUGUUGGGGUUAGCCCCUUAGGAGCCAGUGACCUACCCGCCACAGGUGGCAGGACACUUUCUAAUGAUCCUCCACAACUGAAGCAGAUAACGCUGGAUUAAGAUGGCUCACGCCAAAAGAACAGACUCAGGGGGAAAAUAUGAAUCUGAAAAGCCACCAGUGUGUGACGCUAGCUCACACUCACACACAUAGACCCUCAGUGCAGCUGUCUGGGGUUACAGUAUGUCAUAUGCAAUCAGAAACACAUUUAUAAUUACACUUUAAUCAUGUAGAUUUAGCAAAAAUGAUCACACCAGAGAAUACCUAAUGUGCUCGCUGUAACUCCAUAUACAGCAUGAAACAAAGCCGCAAACCUUCAGCAGCAUCACUUUGUUUCUCUGCUGUGCACAUUGUUUGUCUUUGAGAACACGGCUGUGUUUGGUUUUUCUUUUAGCUUCGGAUCUAAGAACUAAACUUAUAAGAAAUGCAAAAAGAAAAAUAGCAAUGUCCUCCACUGAUCUGAGAACCCUUUUUUUAGACCUACUUUAAGCUUUAAAUGUCUGUAUGACAAAUGCAUGGCUGUAAAUAAUACCGUCAGGUCAAAUGCUGCUUCGCUCUGCCCCCUCUGACCCAAUUCAGUCAUGAACCACUAGUCUGCAUUUUGAGCUCCUGUUUAUUUUGUAGCACUGAAUUACUGAUGGGGUACACGUUCUGAAAUUGGUACGUCUUCUCAGUUUAGAGACCUCCUAGCGUAUCCCAUUAACACUCAGUCACAUAUGUACAUAACUGGAAGCUUUGUAAAUGUUUUAAAUAUUGUAAAAUGUAAAGACAUAUUUUAUAUACAUCUGUAACAUCGUCAUAUUUUUAUUGAGCCUACCGGUUAAAAUGAGAUUGGAGGUGUAGCUGUAGGUAAAAAGACGCAGCAAAAAUAUUUUGGUUGAUUUAUUGUCUGUCGCCACUGUGUCGGGCUAAAGGUUUUGAUUCCUCUAAAACCACCUAAAAACAAACCAAAAUCCUCUAAGAAAAAGAUUAUUUACUAUUGGAUCAUUUUGCAAUUAAAUCAAAUUUAAUUGCAACUUUGCAAUCACUGAAGCUACGGUGCCUUGAUGGGUAUUCACACUUUGAACUUAUUUGCAAUUUGUCUGGUUACAGCCACAAACUUAAAUGUAUUUUAUUAGGAUUGUUGCUAAUGAACCAUGUCUUUACCAGCUUUUCUGAUGACUUUUUUUUUUUUUUUUUUUUUUUGCACACGAGCUCCAGCUCAUUCAGUUUGCAGCCUGAGCUUCUGUUAAGAUCAAUUUUCACCUCCUGCCACACAUCCCAUUUGGAUUUAUGUUUGACCUGUGACUGGACCUUUAAAUUUAAUAUUGACUUAAUCUAAACCACCAGUGUAUGUAUAAAAAGGUUUCCCUUCACAAAGGUGGACGGGUCAUCUGGUUGAUUUUCCUCUUCAGAAUGGGGAAAUAUUCCUUCUUUCUCCCAACUUCACUUAAUCUCUAUUUGAGUUUGUCUAUAUCAAGUAAUCAAAUUUUAACUCAUUGAUUUGUGGGAUUUAUAAUUCCUUAAAAUUAUGAAAGGUUAAAUGAGUGAAAAUAGGUUUGAAAGGCAUCAUGCACAUUCUGGUCAUCUCUUUUCCUAAUACUGGAAAGAAACCUUAAAAUCCAUUCUCUCACAUUUGAUGUACUGUACAAUAGUUUUCUCACAAGGCGUCUGUCCAUUUUCCUGUCUGUCCUCCUGAGGAUCAACAUUACUGUUUGUUUACAUAUUAAUGCUAAAUAUUCUGUAAAUAUCACUGUGUGUAUAUAUAUAUAUAUGUAUGUGUCUGUCUCCUCAAAAAUGAUCUCCAGCACUGUCAGAAUCUUUUUAGUUCCUUUUAAAUUUGCUGCAUGAUGUAGUGGCAAGGUUUCUUCUGCUUCUACUCUAAGCUACUUUAGUAUCUGAACAUUUUUUUUAUAAAUAAAAACAAAACAAAAAAGACCAGAGAAGAGAAGCAGGGCCGAGUAGAAAUUAGAGUUAAAAAAAAAAAUCGGUCCUCUUGUAUCUAUUCUCUGAAACUCUUGUACACAUUUGAGUACUUUUGUUUGCACUAAAUGGUCGCUCGAGGCCACGUUUUCUUAAUUUUCUCUUUUGGGCUACUUGUGAUAGGGAAAUUGAAUAUUGUCAGGUUGAUUAUAUGAAUGCAAGCCACUGAUGGAGCCUUUUAACUGUAU